GGAAUCAGUGACCCAGGAGAGGAUGAUAGUAUCGUUUUACCGGAAUUCACUACAGAGACUGCGCCGGUGUUGGAGUAUCUGUGUAUACAGAUGGAAGAUUCAAUGGCUCUCGACAAUCAAAUGUUGACGCACCUAUUGAAGCACACCCCGUUCCUGAGGAACCUGAAACUCGGUGGCAAGGUGACGACCGAUGAUGUCUUUCUCCAGCUCGGAAGGAAGACACUAUGCUGGAUAGACUUGAGAGGGUCGACAUUUGAAUUUGAGGAUGCCAACAAUAUCAUCGUUGGGAUG